CUCGCCGCGACCCGCACCGGAGGCACCUGUGUGCUCAGUGUUCAGCCCUCCGCCGGGCUACGUCGCGUCGCUAUGCCUUGUGUGCAGUGAGUCAGUGCAACAAGUGGAUAAAGUGCUGUGAGUGUGAGAGUGUGCUGCUGCGCCAGUGGAUAACGGACUUACGCCCCAAGCAGCCCGACUCGGUGGUGCAUUCCACCCUGGGGCUCCUCGUGCCCGCCGUGGCUUCCCUCGAGUGGACAGCGGCUUCAAGGAUGGCGCAGUCCCACAUCCUGUCCGCCAUGGAGUCCGAGCUGUCCGCCGGCCGGGGGAAGGCCGACCCUACGGAGCGGGACCUACAGGUGUCGCUAGACGACCGGGAACUGUGGCUGCGGUUCCACGGCCUCACCAACGAGAUGAUCGUCACUAAGAACGGCAGGCGGAUGUUCCCGGUCGUGAAGGUGUCCGUGUCCGGACUGGACGCGACGGCCAUGUACUCAGUUCUCCUCGAAUUCGUUCAGAUUGAACAGCACAGGUGGAAAUACGUGAACGGAGAGUGGGUGCCUGGCGGCAAGGCCGAGGCGCCGCCGCCCAACCCCAUCUACAUCCACCCCGAGUCACCCAACUUCGGCGCCCACUGGAUGAAGGAGCCCGUCAGCUUCGCCAAAGUCAAGCUCACCAACAAGACCAACGGCAACGGCCAGAUCAUGCUCAACUCGCUGCACAAGUACGAGCCGCGGGUGCACCUCGUGAAGGUCGGCACCGACCAGAGGCGGGUGCUCACCUAUCCGUUCCCCGAGACUCAGUUCGUGGCCGUGACGGCCUAUCAGAACGAGGAGGUGACCUCAUUGAAAAUCAAGUACAACCCUUUCGCCAAGGCGUUUCUCGACGCCAAGGACCGACCCGAGGGCAUCUACCAGCGGGACUACGUGAGCACGAGCCUGCCUAGCACCAUGGCGAGCACCGUCCCGACCUCGCAGGCCUACACACAAUACAGCGGGCUGCCGAUCCGUUGCACCACCUCCUACCACUCGGACAAGUACACGGCGCCCAGCUCCCCGGCGACGGCGGCCAGGUCGUACCGGACGUCGCCGUACCCGACGCUCAGCCACCAAUCCUCGCCUUCGCACGACCAGCACCAGCAGCCCGGCAUGCACGAGGCAGCGACGCCGCACCACCACCACAUCCUCUCCAUCAAGGACUCCCCCAUCCACUCACCAGCGCCGUCACCUGCGCUGACAGGCUACGCGGACAGCGGUUUCUACGGCUCGCCGUACAGCUGGCACUCGUCCCUGGGCUGGAGCGCGUCCCCGCCGCCCGCCACGGCACAGGCCGUGCUCCCGCUGCCCACCCCGCCGUCCAGGUCGACGCCGCCCGCCGUGGACGGCACGGGCACGCCGCCCCUGGUCACGCCCCUCCCCAUGCAGCCGUCGCCGCCCUCGUCGGUGCAGACGCUGCAGCCGCUCUCGUCGCUGUCGCACCCGUCCGUCAUCACCUGCCAGCCGCCCAGCUGCUCGCCGACGGCCUUCACCACCUGGCAGCACCUCUCCCCGACGCACAGCACAGAGCUCCAGUAUCUACAGUAUCCAGUGCAGUCCGAAUACAUUCCAUUGUUUCCUCCAGACUACCAAGAUAUGCCCUUACAACCCACAUACCACUACCACCCAGGUCUUCCAGAUGAAAAGGGAGAUGAAAACCACAACAGCGAAACUCACCACGACACAGUUUCACACCACCAAGCAUCUCCAGCCCGAGCAGACUGCUGGGGGAAGUCAUCACCCUCUCAUUCUACUCUCUAGUUCAGAAGAGAUUAUUGUAAUAAGCAAAACAACUGCAGUUCAUUGAAAACUAAAUUGUGAUAGAGAAGCAUUGUAAUAAUUAAGGUCAACCUGUACAAAGUUGUAUUUAAAUUGGUUGUGUAUAGAACUAAAAAGUUUUGCUGUAUACAAAAAACAAAAAAACAAAAAAAGUGUUCAGAACUUGUACUUUCCUUACCUAAGUUAUGUCAUAGUGUAAAUGACUUUUCAAAUCCUGAAUGAAGAAUUUUGUAAUAUAAGUAUCAAUUAAAAUCAAAUAUAUAGUUCUUUUCUGUUCUGAAAGCAGUCACUAAAUAGAGGUAGAAAACUAGUUGAUAACUAGUAGUUAUGAUCUCUUUCUUACUGCUAUGCGUAAUGUAUCAAGUCUUGAAGGCAGACUGUUAUUGUAUAUGUGUAAAAUCCAUUAUAAAUAUGAACUCUCACGCCAAACUUAGAUUUAUUAUAAGGUGACAAUGCCAUGAAGGCAUGUGUAAAUACAGCAAUAAAUUGUGUGAAAAAUAACAUCCACCACAAAAGUGACCAUGUCUUAUUCUUGGGCACUUUUUAUACACCUUAAAAGUAAUUAAAAUGGAUUGUCUAAUAAUGAAGAUAAAUUCCAUGUAUAAUACGUAAAGGGGCAUCGGGAAAAUUCCAAAAACUGUGUUAAAUCAUCAUCUUUAUUCGUCAUCUACAAAGGCUUCCAUUUCAGCCAUCAUACAAAGCUUUAAUAAAAUUCCAUUAAAAUUCCAUCAUCAAACCAAUACCCGCACAGACAACGCCAAGCACACUUGUCUCACAAGUUAAAUGGCAAUAACAGUUUGAAAUACAGUUUUAAAAAAGGAAGAAAAAAUUUACAAAAUUAUGAAGCUAAGAAAAUUAUAAAAAAGAAAUAUUCAGGCCACUCCAUAACAUUUGGAAGGGUCACAGUGACAAGGAGUAGAAAUAGCAAUUUGGUUAGUCAGUCUAUUGUACGACAGCCUCUCAGCAUUACAACGCUAAAAGGAAAGUUACUGUAAUAUUUAACAGUUAAAUAACCUUCAAUUACCUCAGCUCUAUCACAUUGAACAUGAAAUAAAAACAAAACUAAGCAAGCUGCAAUCCUCGAAAAAUUCCUCACGUCUCCCAAAUAUAACAUAACUUAUAAGAAAUGUGAAAAAAUAAAUGCAUUGUUUUUCCAACCAACUCUCACGCCAUUAACACUCCUUCCCUACCAAUAACACCACAAAAAAAUUGACACAGCGUCUACAUGAAAAAGUUAGAUGAUGCAGAUGCUAAUACAA